AGUCGAAAGAGAUUUUCUGUUAAUUUCUCUAAAUCAUCUUUCUUCAUCAUCAAUCAUCGUCUUCUCUCUCCAGCUCGAUCGAAUUCGAAACCCUAGCAAUCCCAAUUUCGAUUCCUCAGAUCGAAAUUUCACCUUUUUAUGGCCUAACCCUUCCCCAAUUCCAUCGAUUUACUGUUGGGAAGGAAAAAAAAAAUGUCAACGGAGAAUAACAACACCUCAUCGCCGCCGCCGCCGCCACCGUCAUCAGACGCCAUCGAUCCAGCGCCUCUGCUUCUGAGCGGCGACGAGAACGAGGGAAGCAACGGCAACGGAGGAGGAGAGCAACGGAGAUCCUCCUCCGUGAGGAGACCGGGGCUGAGGGAAGCCGCGAGGCUGCUGAGCCGCGCGAGCAGCGGCGGAGGGCGCGCGAUGCGGGAGCCGUCUAUGGUCGUGAGGGAGGCGGCGGCGGAGCAGCUGGAGGAGAGGCAGAGCGAUUGGGCCUACUCGAAGCCCAUCGUGGUGCUGGACAUCGUGUGGAACUUGGCGUUUGUGUCGGUGGCGGGGGCUGUUCUGGUGAUGGCGAGGAAUGAGCAUCCGAUGAUGCCGCUGAGGGUUUGGCUGUUGGGGUAUGCGUUGCAGUGCGUGUUGCAUAUGGUUUGUGUGUUGGUUGAGUAUAGGAGGAGGAAUAGGGUGAGGAAUAAUAGGACUCCGAGGUCACGUUCUUCUUCUUCUUCGUCUUCUUCCUCGAUGGAGGAAGAUGCUUUGGGUUCGCAUGAGGAGGUCUUGUCUCUCGGGCAGAUUGAGAACGAACGCAGCAGUGUUGCAAAGCAUCUGGAAUCUGCAAACACAAUGUUUUCAUUCAUUUGGUGGAUCAUUGGAUUCUACUGGGUAUCUGCUGGUGGCCAAGAGCUAGCACAAGAAUCUCCGCGGAUUUACUGGCUGUCUGUCGUCUUUCUUGGUUUCGAUGUGUUCUUCGUUGUCUUCUGCGUUGCGUUGGCCUGCGUUAUUGGCAUUGCUGUUUGCUGUUGCCUCCCAUGUAUCAUUGCAGUUUUAUACGCUGUUGCGGAUCAGGAAGGAGCUUCGAAAGAAGACAUUGAGCAGCUCACCAAAUUCAAGUUUCGAAAAGUUGGUGGCGAUGUCAACAAACACGCUGGUGAUGAAGCCCAAGGAAACGCCGAGGGAGUAAUGACAGAGUGUGGUACAGAUUCACCCGUUGAACAUACUAUUCUGCAAGAGGAUGCAGAAUGUUGCAUCUGUCUCUGUGCAUAUGAAGACGGAAGCGAACUAAGGGAGCUCCCUUGUGGUCACCAUUUCCACUGCUCAUGCGUAGACAAGUGGCUUUACAUUAACGCGACUUGCCCGCUCUGCAAAUACGACAUCCUCAAGAGUAGCAACUUGGAUCGUGAGGAAGUCUAGAGGAGGCAGCUUUUGCUUAUUCAUAGACCCCCCCACACAACAUUUGAUCAGGAAACUUGGGGUCCUAAGGAAAAAAAAACACGACUGGUGUUUUUUUAUAUAUAUGAUGCAUUGUUUGUUAUUAUGAUAUCUCUAUACAAAUUAUUAUACUUUUGUUUUUAUGUUUUGGAUUGGAAAAGAAUCAGGUUUGUACAUGUAUAUCUCUAUCCUUCUUUCAUUUGCAGCCACUUUUUUUGUAUUACCUCUGUGUUGACCUCGAAUUGUUAAGAGAUUUUUCAUGAUCAUAUUGACAUUUCAUCA